AUGUUAGGUGCAAACCAUUUAUUGCCUGAAGCAUUAUCUAGAAGGAAAAAGAAUAGUGGUAGUCAUACAUGUUUACAAAUAACUACCAACAAGAACGGAAGAAAGAAAACCUAUAAUUCGGAAGAAAAAGAACAAACAAUAGCUGCCAACCUUAGUAGAGCCAACCAUUUACUUGAAGAGGUGCCUGAAAGAAAAAAGAGUUGUGCACUAACUACCAAUUCUAGUAGGUGCAAACCAUUUGUGCUUGAAGCAUUAUCUGAAAGAAAGAAAAAUGGUGGUAGUCAUACAUGUUUACAAAUAGAGAAACAAGAACUACCAACAAGAAUAGAAAAAGAAAACCCAUAA